GUAGUACAGUCAGGAGCUACUGGUAGCAUCCUUGCUCCUAGUAGCAAUGCCCUUUGUUACUAGUAGCGUCUUUGCGACUAGUAUACGUAGUGUACUGGGCGGAAAGGUGUUCUCACCUUCUCAUGAAUUUCCGCGGGAAACUAAACGUCUAUUUAUCGUUAUAUACGGUGUAUACAUGCGGUUACAGGGCCCCAUCUCCUAGCCAAGGCUAACUAGUGUAAGUACGGUCAUCUACUGUUCCCUUCGCAAUAAGCGUCUUCGGUUGGUGCGUUUUCUUUGUUGCGCGGAUACUUUGGCUGACUGACUGUGAAUGUCAUCGUAUUUGGGGUGCCUAGUGAGUUGCCAAACCAGCAAAGCUGAUGGCGGCUGAGAGAACUGUCAAUGGACUAUCGCCAAAGGGCGUGAUGCGCAAAUGGCAACAGUACCAAUCUCAUGCCCAAUAUGGGGAUUCCGUCAAAACCUGGAGUUCCAACACCAUGUACCUUGACCUUCCAGUUAGGUCAACAUCCGACAUCAUCCUGGUAUCCGACAUCAUCCCAGAUCCUUUUGUAAAUUAGGUGCCUGAUAUUUUGCCUGGUCCGGUCUUGCCCCACAGAAUUCGCCCGCUGGAUUGUAUAGUACAGACAGAUUUACCUAGCAGUCCUGCAUAGUCCGUGCACACACCUCGUACCCACAAUAUGUGUGAUCACUACACACCGGCGUACACACUUCUUUACACCUAUUUUCACACCCUUCACACCCGGUAUCACAGUACACCACUUGGUAUGACCGGGUAGCGCGUGAAAAAGCGUCCGCGAGUCGUGUUAGCAAGGUAUCCUGGUUUUGAGCCGCCGCCUAGGGUGGGACGUUUGCACCUCAUGCAUUCUUCCACUAGUGGCGCUGCACUUGCAGAGUGUUUCAUGAUGUGUCCAAUGGAAUUGGGCAUGGCUGCGGGUGAAAAGGACAUCUCAAUUUGAUGUUCUUGCCCAAGCCGCCGAAGCCAAGGAGGUGCCCAAGGAGAAGUCUAAGGAGGAGGUGAAGAGGGAGUGGAUGGCGAAAGUGCAAGAGAAGGGCGACACGCUGCGAAGUGCACCAAAAGAGCUGCAAAAUGACAAGGAGGUGGUCAUGGCAGCGAUCCUGUCCGAUGGCACCGCCUUGGAAUUCGCCUCCGAAGCCCUCCGCCACAACAAGAGCUUCCUCCUCGACGCGGUGAAGGCCACAAAGGCUUCCUGGCUGAUCAAGUAUUGCCCUGGGCUGGAAACGGAUGCUGACUUCGUCAAAGAGCUGGCAGCCGCUGCGGGGACUGGCUUGAUCUUCAGCUACUACACCAAUGCCAGCUGCUUCUACGGCAUGCGCGACCGCUUCGAAGCCACUGGCGCUUCUGUGCCGGGUGGUCAAGCCUAUGCUCAGGUCAUGGAAGAGCUCCGCAAGACCUCCGGAGGGAGCGCCACGGUGUGGUUCGAUGAGCUGCCGGUCUUCGGCUUCUCCGCGGACGAGGGCCGCUGGAUCCAUCCGAGCGCCGACUGCGGCCGCGACGAGGUGCCGGUGCCGGCGGCGUCAUCGGAGCGACAUGCCAUGUGGAACUGCCUGGUGGAGUCGCGCAGCCAGAGGAUGCCACCGGAAGUGGGCUCCAAACAUCCCUGUUGGUGUUGUCAUUGGUUGAGGCAAGUGAGGCGUCGACAUCAAGAAGGAGCUGUGAUCUGUUGUGCAGUCUCAAAUAUCUACAAUGCUGCCUGGGUGGAACGCUACGGCGCCGGCUCCUCCGAGCUCUCCGACGCCCGGGCCCGCGAGUUCGGACUGAAGCGGGAAAUGUUCCACAACGGCCGACCACGUGGCUGGGGUGAGGGUGACAUCGAAAUCAAAGGUGCUGGAACCUUCUCGCGUGUAGCUCCAGUGCAUCCGCAUACCCUGAGACCUUUGGGGGAAGGCUGCCGCUGGGAACGGCAAGCACUCGAUGGCCUGGACUUCCCGGUCUACGUCUUUUUCAUGCCAUGACAGAGAGGUCGAUACUCUACGCCCCGCGCGCCAGACCGCGAAGACCGUUGAAAACGGAUCACAUGAAGUCGUGUCACGUGGAGAAGUCCGUCACGCGCGUUGCGCGCGGCGGAUGGUCUAAAAUCAGCGAUGCAUCGGAUGGCCGAUUCGCUUGGCACGCGAUGUCGAA